AUGGUUCUUAUCCUUUUUGAUCCUGAGCAAAGCAACUCUGUAGCUGUGGCAACUCCAUCCAAGAACCCCCUGAAUAUUGCAGCAAAGGUAGGACAACUACAUUGUGUACAAGAGAUCAUCAGAACAAAGCCUGAACUAGCAAAAGAACCAAGCCAAGAUGGAUUUCAGACACUUGACAUAGCCUCUACUUAUGGCUAUUUCGAGAUAGCAGGAGAGCUUUUGGCAUCCUCUGGUCCUAGAAUUUCUUCUCUGCCCGGAAGAGAUGGAAGAACAUCCAUGAAUGGAAGAGUGGAAGAUAUUAAUGAAUUGUUUAAAGCACGUGCAGAUUCUGUUAAAUAUAUGAUUGCUUUUGGAGAGACUGCACUUCAAUUAGUUGUCAAAUACUUUAAGAAAAGAUUGUCCUGA